AUGGAAAACCAGACUUUUGUGACUGAAUUUAUUCUUCUCGGUUUCCCCAGCCUUCAAAGGGUUCAUGUCUUGCUCUUUGUGGGAGUCUUGGUCAUCUACAUUUUGACUGUCACUGGGAACGUCAUCAUCGUUGUCACAGUGGUAAGUGACAACACACUCCACAAACCUAUGUAUUUCUUCCUUGGAAAUCUCUCAUGUUUGGGAAUCAUCUAUGUCUCGACCACUAUACCCAAGCUUUUGGCCAAUCUUCUGGAUGUCAAGAAGUCUAUCAGCAUAGGUGAAUGCAAAGCCCAAGCCUUCUCCCACUUUUUUCUUGGUGCCACUGAGUUUUCUCUAGCAGCCAUGUCCUUUGACCGAUACAUAGCAAUAUGCAACCCUCUCCACUACACCACCAAAAUGAGUGGAAAACUGUGUGCUCAGCUCUCAUUUGGCUCUUGGAUGGGUGGCUUUCUGACUGUCUUUGUGCAAACUGUUCUGGUGUUUAGACUGCCAUUCUGUGACCCCAAUAUCAUCAAUCACUUCUACUGUAAUGCUGGGCCACUGCUGAAGCUGGCCUUCACUAAGACCCACCCUAUUGAAUGGCUUGUUUUCACUGUUGCUACAGUGGUUCUGUUUAGCACUUCCUUUUUGACUGUCACCUCCUACUUCACCAUCAUUACCAUAUUGAGGAUCGCAUCUGCUUCUAGGAGACAGAAAGCUUUCUCCACUUGCAUUGCUCACUUAACUGUAGUCAUCAUGCUUUACGGGGCAGUCAUAUUCAUUUAUGUCAGGCCAAGAGGGCAUGCCUCACUAAAUAUGAACAAAGUGGUAUCCCUUCUGAACACCCUUGUAAUGCUACUGCUCAAACCUUUCAUUUAUACUUUGAGGAACAAACAGAUAAAGACUGCCUUGAAAAAGUCAAUGACCAGAAAUUAA